UCAAGCAGAUGACAUAACUAAUACGUAGUUUUCUGCUUGAAAGCGUGUUCUUUCUUUUUACGCUAUUGGGCUACCUAGUGUGUUUUUUGUGCUAUCAUCUACUAUGGCUCCAAAAAAGGAUUCAGUUAAGACCGUUAAAACUUCAAAAUUCGUACUUGUAAUGUGGAGUAAGAAAGUCAGAGGUAAAGUGGCCUUUAGUGUACAGCCAGAUGCCACUGUGAAAGAUUCAAAUCAGUUUCAUAAUCCGAGAAUUGAAGCAGAAAUCGAAGAUAGAAUUUCCCUCUCUACCAAGAUAUUUUCACUGCACCUGGGCCGUGUUCUGUGUCAUGGGACAAAAUCUAUGUGCAACAACGACGCUAUGAAACGCAUCGAAGAAUUUAGCGUCCUCUUAGAAAAAGAGUCCAAGCAAGAUGAGGUCUCAGAAUCUGAUAGUGAGGAAGACAAAGACGAUGAAACCGAAGAACAGGAUGAAAACAAUGAAGAUGAGGAGGAAGAUUUAAGCAAGAAAAAUGAAAAUGAGGAUCAGCACGAAACGGAGAAGAAAGAUGAACGUGAAAAAUAUGUUAACAUUGAAAAAAUAAAAAGGAAAUUACAAGAAACAAAGACACAAUUUGAAAACUACAAACAAAUAACAAAGGCUGAGCUGGAAGCAAAGGAUGUCAAGAUUGCCAAAUUAAUUAAAUUGAACUUAUUCUUGCAAACAACCUUACCGGAAAAGAUCGAAGAAACCGCAAGAUCUUCUAAAUCAAACAAAGCCGCUGAGCCCAUUGCGGAAUGGAAUGACGAAGUGAUUUCAACAGUGGCGAAGCUUAAUUUGAACCCAAAACAAGUAAGGGAAUUGAAAAGCAAAUACAAGUCCUCACUACUCGCAAGAGCUUGCCUUACCUUUUGCUUCCCUAGUGAAGUAUUGGCAAAAUCGGUUGUAAAAGGAGGGAAUCAGCAAUUAUCCAAAGACGACCCAAAAUUGGACGAAGACAAAGUAGACGAUAUAUGCGAAUUUGUCAUGGGCCGCUUUCCGGAGUCUGACCGGAAGAACAUCUUAAACACCCUUGGAUAUAAAGUUCAAGAUCUGAAGCAGAAGGGCAGCGCAUUGGAGAAAUCAACGGAUGCUGAAACCGAGUAA